ACCGCCGCCUCAUCCUUUAAGUGCUGGCGCUUCACGCACUCCGGCGCUCUCGCUGACCCCAGUUUUCCUUCAAGAAUAUCAAAGGUGAUUUGCAGGACAAGAGCACAAUGGUACCGCAGAGCGGCUUGCCUUCACCAAUGGCAGCACGAAGCCCUCCAUACGCCCCUACAGUAUGGGCAUUGGGUGGGUCUCCAGUAAGAAGCGUCGACCUUCCAGUACAAUCGGUCUUCUUGGUCUUGUUCGUCGUGGGAGCAGUUGUACAUAUGAGAAUCUUUCGACGGAACAAAUCCAGAGGUCACAAGUUUCUGCCAAACAUUUUCAUGUUCGGCUUCUGUAUGGAGCGCAUCUUGACAUCGAUAGUACGGCUAGCAUCAGUAUCACAUCCGACAAGCACCUCGCUCGCGAUAGCUGCGCAAAUGUUCGUCGCAGCUGGUGUAGUCAUCUUGUUCGUCAUUAAUAUCGUCUUUGCAAUGCGCCUCGUCCGUUCCAUACAUCCCUCGGCCGGCUGGCACCCUGCUUUCGGCAUCGCGUUCAAAGUCAUUUGCGUACUGCUUGUGUUCACCAUCAUUACAGUCAUUAGUGCUUCUGUCCAAAGUUUUUUUACUCUCAACAAAAAUAUUCAGGCUACUACUCGAGGCCUCCAACGAUUUGGUGCAGCAUUUCUCGCCAUUAUCGCCACGCUACCGUUACCCAUGGUUUUCGCUACAAUUGCCGCCCCCUAUUCGUCGAUUGACAAGUUUGGCGUCGGCCGGCUGCGCACAAGAGUUUUCACUUUGCUCAUCAGCACAACACUUCUAGCUCUUGGUGCAUGGUAUCGCUGCGGUGUCAUUCUGCAAGCACCUACGCCGCGAUCGGAACCUCUACCCGGAUAUCUUGGAAAAGGAGCAUUCUACUUCUUCAACUUCUUCGUGGAAAUCCAAACGAUACUCAUGUACGCUAUUUUUCGCGUAGACCUUCGGUGGCACAUACCCAACGGCGCCCAGGGCAAAGGGAGUUAUUCUCAGCCGCAAGUUCAGCGAGACGUAGAGAAGCAAGAGUCUCGGUCAGCAUCAUCUGAUAAAACACGAUAUGACACCCAAUCUCUCAGGACGAUAAAAGAAGAUGACGAAGAGGACAGAGAGGUGACCAUCGAGAAACCCACCUGGCCACUUGGUCCACCUAGAAUCAUAGAAAUCGAUCUCGGAAACGCAUCAAGCAGCUCUCUCACACCACCACCGAUAGUCCCAGACACGAGGCGAAGCUCAGGUCGCAGUUCGUAUGCUCGUCCAAAAACAGCGGAUAGAUCCGUGCGCAGCUCCAUCCUCUCAGAGCGUUUCUCUGUCCUCAUGUCCAAAUCCACAAACACACUCUCGGUCUUCGCAUCCGCCGAGCAAAAGAAGCGAUGGCGCGAAAGCGAAGAAGCAAGAAUCGUUCGACGCCUAGGCGGUCCCUGGCAACAACUCGCAAGUCCCACCGACACAUCUUUUAGCUACUCAAAUCGCAGUCCAACGCGAAGCGGCUUUCGUCCCAGCACAGCAGCAAGCCAUGGUUUUGAGCCUCCGAGUCCAGUCCAUUUCCGAAGCGCUUCCGAUGCGCCGACGCUUCCAGACGUAGUCUCUGCAGGUGGCUGGACACCGAGAAUCGACUGGGAAUUCAAGAGUCCGCAGCGCUUCUUGAGUUUGAAGCGGAAAACGUUGCUCGGGUUGAAUAUUACUACAUGAGCCCAGCCCAGCCCUCUCCCCGCUGAUCGAUUAACCGUUUCGCAAGCCGAAUGAGUCGACUACAUAUGACUUGCGAUGGCGUCUCUUUUUCUUUUCCUUUUUUUCUUCUUCUCUUUAUCAUCGGACGGGGUAUCCGUUGUACUAAUUCAAUCUGCAGGCCAGCAAUAUCCAUUCGCUUACUCUUUUUUUCUUUUCAUUUUCUGUUAAUCGACAUACCCAGGUUCAUCGGCUUUCCCUCUUACAAAAGCAACGCGCUGUAGCAUGUUUUUUUUUCCUUGGGAUCUUGCAGACGGGUGUGUAAUGUAGAAG